GUUUUGUUUUAGCUCGGCUUCCAAUUUCAGCUUCCGGGUUUUGCUUAAUUUCUGGAAAUUCACUGCCUUGAGCUCUGAUUCUUCAUCUUCUUUGCUGGACUUCAAACUUUAGGGUUUGUUUGUUUAUACAGCUUUUACUAUUGUGGAGGGGUUGUUGAAGGUGGGUUUCUUUGGUUUUGGGAUUGGUGGCGCCGCGGCGGCAGUGAUGAUGAUGUUGAUCCAUGGGCAGUAGAAGAGUGAAAGUUGAUGCAAAUGAUGGUAAUAAAGUUGUGACCGACAUGCCGAGCUUUGUUCCUCCAGUACCCACUCCCAAUCCCACUGGCACAGAGGGGAGCUCCAUUCGUUCAUCUCGGAUUUCAGACUUUAGAACUCUUGAGCAAACUCUUGGAUUUCGCAUAGAGGAUGCUGUUGACAUUGGGAGAAGUCCAAUGUUUAGUCAAAACAAGUUAAAUCGCCAGGCAGUGGGAAGUAGUGAUGCCCAAUUUGGUGGUUUAAACAAGCUUAUGCCACUGCAAAAAGAGCCACAGCCAAAUUUGCUCUCUGUGUCACGUAGCAAUCAUGAGAACUGGGGGGAGUCCAAUAUGGCAGAUGGAAGCCCCAGGACUGAUACUUCAACAGAUGACACAGAAGAUAAAAAUCAGAAGAUUGAAGGGAAUCAAAUGACUGCUCUUCUAGCUUCUGAUUCCAGUGACAGGUCAAAAGAAAAAUCUGGGGAUCAAAAGACAUUGCGUAGACUUGCUCAAAAUCGUGAAGCUGCCAGGAAAAGCAGAUUACGGAAAAAAGCAUAUGUACAACAACUUGAGAGUAGUCGGCUGAAAUUAACUCAGCUCGAGCAAGAGCUUCAGCGAGCCCGUCAGCAGGGAAUAUUCAUUUCAAGCUCUGGAGAUCAAUCACAUUCAAUGAAUGGAAAUGGUGCUUUGGCAUUUGAUGUGGAAUAUGCAAGGUGGCUAGAAGAGCACAACAGGCAAAUAAAUGAGUUGAGGGCUGCCGUUAAUUCACAUGCGGGUGACACUGAACUUCGUACUGUUAUUGAUAACGUCAUUGCACACUACGAUGACAUUUUUAGACUAAAGGGAACUGCAGCAAAAGCUGAUGUUUUCCACAUCUUAUCAGGAAUGUGGAAAACACCAGCUGAAAGGUGUUUCAUGUGGAUUGGCGGCUUCCGCUCAUCUGAGCUCCUUAAGCUUCUGGUGAGUCAAUUGGAACCCUUAACGGAGCAGCAAUUGGUAGGUAUUUAUAACCUGCAGCAAUCAUCCCAGCAGGCUGAAGAUGCUCUGUCACAAGGGAUGGAGGCAUUGCAGCAAUCCCUUUCUGAGACCUUGGCAAGUGGCUCACCUGCGCCAUCAGGAUCAUCUGGGAAUGUAGCAAACUAUAUGGGUCAAAUGGCCAUGGCCAUGGGAAAGCUAGGAACCCUUGAUGGGUUCCUCCGCCAGGCUGAUAAUCUUCGGCAACAAACAUUGCAACAAAUGCAUCGUAUACUGACGACUCGGCAAUCAGCUCGUGCACUCCUUGCAAUAAACGAUUAUUUUUCACGUCUUCGAGCCCUCAGUUCUCUAUGGCUUGCCAGGCCUAGGGAGUGAUAGGCAUUAGAUUCCUUUAUCUGAAGUUCAUCAAUAAGGUUGGCUAGUCUCGGAACUCAAAUUAGCACCAUGAACCGAGGGCCAUAUGAUUAGAUGAUAGAUGGACUUCAGCUAUCUGGGCAUCACAAACCUGGUUAAGGUGCGCGGAAGUCAAAUUAUUGUUCAUAGUGUCCAUCAAAGUUAUCGGUGGUUGUCACAUAUGUUUGCGUAGAUGAUGUAUUCUGUCCAAAACUGUAGUAUGAAUAAUCUGGAAAUGGUAGUUAUGUAAUAGAAGUGAGGGAAUAGAAUAGUGCUAUUAUUAUAGGUUACAGAUUGUCAAUUUGUAUACCAAAAAUCAGAUGAUGUCAGAGUGAAAAUGGUUUGCAUUUUCUUUAGCUUUGACAUGUACAUAUGUUGUCUCAAUAUUAUUGGCUAUAUUAUUUAACUGGUCUGCCA